CCGCGCCGCCGGGGGACCAUGCCGCGCUCCUUCCUGGUGAAGACGCACUCCAGCCACAGGGUCCCCAACUACGGGCAGCUGGAGACACAGAGAGGUAGGGGCUGCUCCCCCCCAGCCCCCGCCCAGGACUCGGCCCUGCGGAGUGGGCGGGAGGGGGGAGACCCCUGGGAGUGGGGGGACACCUGUCCAGGUGGGAGAGAAGGAGCCAGCUCACCAGCACAGCUGGGGCCGAGGUGUUCUUUCUGGCCGAGACCCGGAGUUGGACAGAGGCAUGGAGACAUGAGGUCUUUGGCACUCAGGGAAGAGGACCCUACCCCUCAGAGGAGGGCACUGCAGAAAUCAAUGGUGCCUGCUCAGCCUGUGGGGGGCUGGUGGUGCCCCUCGUCCCCCCAGACAAGGCGGCCCCUUCCAUGCCUGGUGACCCUCCCCUGUCCUGGGACUGCACCUCCGCCAUCUCCUGCCUCUCCCUGCCCCUCCUGCCGCGGCAUGAGGAAGCUGUGAGGGCCUCUGGGCCAGAACCCCUGGAAAUCAGCCGGGUGGAUCCUCAGGCCAGCCGGGCCCCCAGCAUACCCCUCAAAGACCGCCUGAACCACCUGAACCUGCCCCCAGUGCUGGUGCUGCCCACGCGGUGGCCCCCAAUCCUGGGCCCAGAUGGGAACAGGACUCCAGACAAACUGCCCGGGGCUGAAGGCACAGCCCGAGCCCCUGGUGGCUUCGUGUGCUUCCGCUGCCACAAGCCCUACCACACGCUGGCUGGGCUGGCCAGGCACCGGCAGCUCCACUGCCACCUGCAGGCGGGGCGCGUCUUCACCUGCAAGUACUGCGGCAAGGAGUACGCCAGCCUGGGUGCCCUCAAAAUGCACAUCCGCACCCACACGCUGCCUUGCAUCUGCAAGAUCUGCGGCAAGGCCUUCUCCAGGCCCUGGCUGCUCCAGGGCCACAUCCGGACCCACACAGGUGAGAAGCCCUAUGCCUGCUCUCACUGUAGCAGGGCCUUUGCUGACCGCUCCAAUCUUCGGGCUCACCUGCAAACACACUCUGACACCAAGAAAUACCAGUGCAAGUGCUGCGCCAAGACUUUCUCUCGCAUGUCCCUCUUGGCGCGGCACGAGGAAUCUGGCUGCUGCCCCGGCCCCUGAGCAGCAUAGCGGUUGGUGCAGAACCAGAGAAGUCCAGCAGGGUUGCUGGAGGACCGAGGCUCCCGUGUCGACCUCCCACCCCACCAAGCUCCAUUCAGAGACCUCUCCCAGGGAGCACUUCCGCCAGCAGAACCACGGUUUCAACCUCAACUGGGUCUGGUUUCUGGUUCUUUUCUUCCAAGAGUUUAACACUGGGGGAGGUGGUCACCAGCGUUGGGCAGUCCCUGAUAUUGAGUUGACUAAUGGGGCUGUCUGGGUUCCUUCAUGACUUGAACAGUUUUGACUGUGGCGAGCACACCUGUGUGGUCCGUCCUCGGAGGCCCAGCCUCUGUCUGCCCCAUGUCAUGCGUGUACACACAGGCACACCCUCCCACCUCCUAGACAGACCCUCCCUCUGAUGCCACAGGCCUGGGAGAAACAGUGUGGGGCAUGGGUGGGCGCGUCGGGACAAAGGAGGCUGCCUGAUCCGAGCCUCUGGAAUCAUCCUUCAUGGAACCUUGGGGAGCAGCGGCCUUGGUUGGGCUCACCGACUUCUCAGGGGCAACACCGUGGGGUAAUAAAGUCUCCGCACUCCUGCCUGUUA